AUGGCUAUCAGCGCUGCAAACACCGUGUUCCAAACCGUGGAACUGGUCGAGAUGAUCCUGUUGGACUGCUCCAUGGAAGACGCCGCACGUGCUCGGGAGGUCAACUCUUUCUUCAAAGACAUCGUCGACUGUUCCAAGAGUCUGAGAAGGAAAAUGUUCCUGGAUCCAGCUUUAAGCAGCGAGAAACUGUGUUGUCGCGAAGGGAAACCGGGCCAGCCGCUGGUCGUACAACACGGCGACAAUACCUACGGCGACGACAUCCGGACCAUCGUCAAAGUCCAUCCUCUACUUCAAGUUCGCAGGUGUCAUUCCAUAGAGCCCGCUGAUCUUGCCGAGAUAGACGAGCGCUUCUUCAACCGGGCACCUGGAAUGUGGGAGAACAUGCUGGCCACUCAACCUCCUUGCGCCGAGCUCAAGUUCACAUCAAAUGACGAGUUCGGACCGAUGGGCGUACGGAAAGUGUCUCAACCGCAGACAUUGGGGCAGAUAAGGGACGAGCUGGCAGCUUACCACCGGGAAUGUUUCUUGCUGCCAAAGCGUGCAUUGGGACGAUUCGUAAUCACCAUUUCAGGCUGUGGGGCCACGUCUGAGGACCAUUCGCAGGUGGCAAAGGGUAGAACAUACGCUCACUGGGAAAAGCGUCUACGUGGGCUGCGGCGGAUACGAGAACGAGAGCGGCAGCACUGA